AUGGCGGGGUCAAGGUGGCACCGCCGAUGGGCGGCGCUGCUGGUGGUGCUGCAGCUCGCGGCAGGGGCCAUGGCAAGACGGCGCAACCUUCCCGAAGGCCACGGUGUUGAAGAAACCAGGCUGGACGACAAAGCCAGAAUCAUUACAUGGCUGAACUCACUGGGCAGAAUAGGGAGGCACAAGGUUUUUAUUUCUUCCGAGCCAGGGGAGGCACCACUGGGAUAUUAUGAAGGCAUCACGCUGUCCUCGAUUCCAAGGAUCAGCGAUCCGCGCAUCUCUGCUGGGAAUGCUCCAACCAUUCACUUCAUAUUCAACGUACUACCCGCCUGGAAAGGAAAGAAUUUUUAUGGAGGCCAAACGCUGGAAAACGUUGUUGCAAAUAAAUCACGGUGGCCAGCGUACAACGAUUUGACGGGGAGUUUUGAAGCCAGGCAUGGGUUUGCGGAUACGUGGCCAUCCUGGGUCGUUGCAUACUCGGACGCAUCGCCAUUCCAUUUCGUCACGGAAGAGCUCCGUACCGUGUCGCCGGGACUGCUUUUGGGCAGAUCCUACCUCUUGCCUGCAGUUGCUGGAGACGAGCCAUUUUUUGAAUAUGCACUACUGAACACAGAUCUUCUCGCAAAAGGUAUUGAAGUCCCAUCAGGAUUGAAAGGUAGAGUUGAGAAAGCGGCAGAUGUCCUGGGGGCCAAAGAGGACAAAGAGCCUACCAAGGCCCCUCGUCCUCCCAGGAAACGCUUGGACAAGAAACAAGCGCCACCACGAUACGGCCCAGCUCCGAAAAUUCCAAGUUUCAGCAGUCCAUCCGAAUUGCAGGAAUGGAUCGCUGGAUUAUCGGCUGGGGCGAGGACACGUUUGUUCGCGUCUACAGAGCCUGGCCCAAUGCCAUUGGGAGCUUACUAUGGUACAAUGGUGGGAGCGUCUGGCCUCAGCUUCGAUACGUUCAACGUAUCAUUUCGGAAUGCCGCUACGUUUCGAUCUCUGGCUCCAGAUUGGCGGGGCAAGCACUUCCUGGGCAACGGAAAAGUGCAAAAUAUUGUACGCAGCGGAACAGCAUUUAGAUCCAAGCAUCUUCGCGGGUCUGUCGCGCUCGGCCAGAGCUUGGUGGACGGCAAGCAGUCAUGGAUCCUGCGAAAUUCGAUUGUGUCUGUGUCCUACUUCCUCAUGGAUGAAAUGCGAGAGAUACAACCGGGCUUCUUGCUUGGGAAGACCUUCCUGAGCGACGCUUCUCCUGGCGACAAACCGCUCUUUGAUUGCACGCUUGUCAAAGUGGCGGAUGGCGUCCCGAAAGGGAAGACUGCCUCUGACAUCAUCGAAGCAGCUGUGAAAGACGAAUUUGCCUCGGCAAUCGCGGUGGAGCCGGAAGCGAGCCCACCUUCCACGCAGAAGGGGGACACUGGCGUGAAGGCGAGCAAGCACCACACACAUCCCGCGCCAGGCGGCCAGGAUGAAACAGGGGCCAAAUUGGCUGUGCCAGAAUUCAGCGAUGCCGUCAGUUUCAAAACAUGGCUCAGCAACUUGGAUGAAAGCGAGAGGAAGCAGGCAUUUGAAGCCACCAGUAUGGGGUCGAGACCGAGAGGAGUGUAUUCAGUUUUCAUCGUGUCGGACGUGCCGCGCCUCGAAGAUUUCAAUAUACUAUCCCAAGAUCGUGCGAUUGUACAGUUCUUCAUGCAGCAAUUGGUAGGAAGGAUAUUUGACCGAACGGGCUCAUCCCACAGUGUCCUGAGAAACGACGCGGCAUUCGAUCCUGACAUGCUCGUUGGCGAGGUGAAAAUUGGGGAAGGAUUUGCAGACUCUGCGGAUUCAUGGAUCGUGAGGUCUUCCAAUGAGUCACUGACCGCUGUCAUGGUGGACGAGCUCCGAGAAAUUGAGCCAGGGUUCUUCUACGGCAGGACUUUUCCGAGGCCCGUUGGCUUUGGAGACAAGCCUCUGUUUGAAUGCGGCCUUGUCAAAGUCGCCGACAAGGUUCCAAAGGGGCUAACUGCGUCGGCGUUCCUCGACGCUGCUGUCUAG